AUGAUGCAAAGGAAAAUACAGCAAUCGUAGCAUUCAGAGACGUAACUAUUUCGUCGUGGAGUAGUGACGACAAGACAGCCAAGUUUAAAGAUGUGAUAGCUGCAGUUGCUAAUGAUUACUGCUCGAGUAAUUAUGACAAUUGUGCCCUACGCUUCUGGAACACAACGAGGACUUUCAGAAACUCUGACGUCACCAUAGCGUCUAACUACCCAAAACAAGUAGAAACAGAUAUCGAAAUACAGUUUUACGUUGUCUUACCGUCUGGGAAUGACAUCAGGAAACCGAACUCGACAGUACUUCCCAAGGGUACCCUUGAUGGUAUCCUUGAAGCAAACAGCACUCAAAUAGGCGCUGCUGUUAAUGCGCAAGUGAAGAAUACAGCUGAUGGUAGUACCACCAAACCUAAGACUGACAACGCUAUGGACUCCAUUAUGAUCCCAGUUGGAUUUGGUCUUCUGAUCUUUGUUAUUAUUUUGGCUUGCUGUCUUCAUUAUUGUCAUAAAAAAAAAUUGGAGCAAAUCAAGAAAGAAGAGAGACGCCAAUUCCUCUUAAAGCAAAAGUCGGAAGGUUCCAAACCGUAGAGUCCUUUCCAAGCACCGCCCGUCAAACAAAUACCGGAGGUUGCUGUCAAACCACAACUAAGACAAGAACCAAGACUUUAUUACGAAAACGAAAAAGAUAGCGACCAAGAUGUGAACGAAAACGAACAUAAACCUCCUCCGACAAAUGAGCGAAGACACGAAGAUGAAGGACAAAUUGAAAAUCUAUACGAAACCAAAGUUGACGGCUCUUAUUUAAACAAAGGAUGUGAAGUAAAUGUUAGAGAGGAAAAAGAUCAGCUAAGCGAGGAGAGUGAUCAUGAGAGAAGACACUCAAAACGCAGGAAGAAGAAGAAGAAGAGACGACACAAAAAUCAAGGUGGUUCACCGCAAUACGAGGACAACCAAGAUUACGGAUCAGAUGAAGAUGAUGCUUCUCCACUACACGCACUGGAGGAUGAGGAUAUUUCUUCUAGACUACCACCUCCAAGAAAACUGCCGCCGUUACGAGGACAAACAACGAAAAUGUGAAAAGGGAUCAAGGAUAAUUCAAUAGCUGCCACGGUUCAUCCCUCGUAGGUGCAAGCAUCUGUGUUUGAUUUCUGGACUCAUUUAAGCAAGGUAGCAUUUUAUGUAGCCCGACGUCUUGAAGUCUAAACCCGAGUUAAAAACGGGGUGCAGGCAGGCUAAAGCGAAAUGGCCUUCAGCUAUAUCACGUAAUUAAACAUUUCAUAUCAAAAAGAAAAUGAAGGCAACGAGAAUGAAGCUCAUGCUCAAUUGAAUCAUGAUCAGAUUCAUUCUGAAAAAUUUAGAUUUACUUAUUCAUCAGGAAACACAGGUUUUCAAAAACGUUUCCACGUGACUUAUUUAUUGGCUUUUCAGAUGGAUAAGAAUAUUUAUGUAAAAAAAACAAACACUUAGUGUGUAUGUAUAGAUAGAUAAGUAGAUAGGAAAAUAAGCAAAAGAUUGAUGGCGGCAUAUCCUUAGCAUAAACGUCUUAGCUUAGCUAUAUGGUUAGGUAAAUAUUUAAGUUUUUUCUUAUAUCUUUUGUAUAUGCAACAUGUCAAUACAAAUACAUAAAAUUAGUGCAGUACAAGAGUCUCUUACACAUGCCCCAAAACUUCUUCGCUGACUUCAAACGACUACUUUCUCGUAGCGCAACAUUUUCUCAUUUGUUUCCCAGUUUAGGCUUCCUAGAUUUUCUCACAACUCCCUUUGCUUUCCUCCUCGUGCUCUCUCCCCACACUUCCCGCACACACUUCAUUCGCAGGCCCGCCUCGUGCUCACCACUUGAUGAGCAACGACUUUUAAGCGUCUCGAAACUCAACAUACUUUAUUUUUACGAGACAGUUUAGACUUCCUAGAUUUUCCCAAAGCUCCUCUAAGCCCCCUUCUGCACUGAGCCACAUACACUUUGCUUCAUUCAGAGGCCCGCCUCGCGCUUCGUGCUAACCACAACAUUGAACUAGUGAGGAUCAUCUCCCAAUGAUUUAGCGAAUAAAAGUUAGUGAAAGUUCCUAACCCA